AUGGAUUAGCUUUUAAACUUCAGGCCCAGUCCUAAAUCAUCAUAUUUUCGAUCUUCACCUGGAUCAAAAUUAUCUUUUUAAAGUGAGGAUGAUAGGGAUACUGCAUUAUCAUCUGAUUUUACUCCAAAACCUAAGCCUAAACCUUUAUAAGGUAUGACUCCUACUAAUUUUUCACAUGAAAGUGAAGAAACAUAUAAAAGUUAACAAAAACAAGAAUCUAUGAAAUAAGCUAUAAGUAAAUCCUAUUAUUAUGAUUGUAGUUCCAAAAUUAUCAAGAUUCAGUACCUAAAGAAUAAUAACAGUGAAUGAAGGAGAUAAAGAUGAAGAACCAGAGAUAAUAGAGAAAGAGAGUUAAUAACAUUAAAUUCAAUCUGCAUUUGUGAUUGAUGACUAGAAAAAAACGAUGGAAGAAUAAUUGAAAAAGAUUGAAGAAAAAAUAAAAGUAAACCCAAAACUGAAAUAAAUAAAAUCCAAACCAAUUUCUAUGAGAAAUUUUAAAAAGAUUGGAGAAUCAAAAUAAGAUAAGCUUAUUGAUCAUCCUUUUAGACAUCUUAUAUUCAAUCCAACUAUAUCAGAGGAGACAUUUGAAAAACAUUUACGUAUAACACAAAGAGGUUUAAUUUAUUCAAAAAGAUGUUUAAAAGGUCCAUCUGAUUAAUUUAUUGAAAAGAAAAAGAUUUCACUUAAUAGAAAUAAUCCCUCCAUAUUGAAUACAAUAUUUUUGGAUCUUGAUGAAACACUUGUUCAUGCAAGUCUAUAAAAAGAUAUUUCUUAAGUCAAAAUAAACUAAUUAAAUGAUGAUGGAAGUGAAACUGAAGUAAAUAUAAUUCAUAAUACUAGAUUGGUAUUAAUAUUAGACCAUAUACCUAAUAUUUUUUGUAAGAACUAUCACAAUUUUAUACAGUCUAUAUUUACACAGCAUCUUCAUAAUAGUAUGCAUCAGCUAUUAUAAACUAUCUUGAUCCAAAAAGACAGUAUAUUAGUGGAAUUCUAAACAGAACUAACUGUAUGGAAACUAAAAAUGGAUUUUUUAUUAAAGAUUUAAGAAUUAUUACAGAUCUAGAUCUUAAUAAGACCUUAUUUGUUGAUAAUCUAGUCCAUUCUUUUGGACUUUAGAUAGAUAAUGGAAUUCCAAUUUUAGAAUGGAAUGAUAAUAUGGAUGAUUUGGAACUGAAAUAUUUACUUGAAUAUUUGGUUGAUGCAUCCGAGCAGCCUAAUUUAAGAGAGUUCAAUGUAGCUCAUAUGUAAUUAGAUCAAUUAAUGGAUUACAUAAUUAAAUGA